AUGUCUAUUUUAGAAAAAUCAUAUCAAAAUAAGGCUCUCAAUACUGAGUCAGAAACUCCAUCCCAUUUUCGACAAGAAAGUCUAGAUUCUAAUUUAGUCAGACAAGCCUGCAGAAGAAGAUCUUUAAAUGAAAAUUUGCCACCUUUGCAGCCUUAUUAUUAUGACUUCGAUGGAAAUAUGUGUGUAAAUCCCUUGCCUUAUAAGCUAACUUCUACAACAAGAACCUCUGAGCCUCUGAAGUAUAGAUCUGAUUCAGUAAGACUAAAGCGACAUUCUGAAACUCCCAAAGCUAACAACACUAUAAAAAAAUUCAAACCAAAUUUGAUGAAAUUAACUGAAAUUAAACAAUUGGAAGACACAAUGUGAUACAGAGAAAUCUAUGUCAUCAAAGAUGGGACAAAAAUUGAGAACUCCCAAGAAGUCUUUGGUUUCAAAUAUAAAAUUAAUUGUGAUUCAUAUGUAAACAGAUUUCAGAAAGCAUUAGAAUUGGAUGCGUUUUUCAAUUAUUGCCAGAAAUAUUUCAAGUCAAAUCAAAAAUUUAAAUUUCUUUUUUCAGCAGAUGGAAAAUUGCUUCAAAAUUUAGCUGACUCCCCCCCAUCCUUGAUCGAACGAUUGACUGUAAAAAUUUCCUAAAAUUUGGGAAAAUUAACCCCCAUCCUUGAUCGAACGAUUUUCAUAUCAUGCAAAUUUUUAUACAUAUAAAAAUAUAUUAGUUAUCAAAAGCUUAGGAAAUGUGCCUAAUGAAGUUGUUUUCAGAGGCUUUCAGACGACAGAAAGCUACGGAAUCAACCAUUCAAAGUGAUUUAGUCAUCAAUCUAGGCUUAAAAACUCUUAACUUAACUUACUAAUUAUAACGCUUAACGUCCACUACGGGGUUGGCAAAGCCCAGACCUCCGCUCGCCCUUUCGUCGCAUCGGGCCCACAGACCUCUGGGCCGGUCCGCUUCGAUCACCAAGGUGAGUCUAGGGGCAAGUGUUGCCGGCUUCGACGGCUCAUGAAUGAGCUACUUGCUUGUAGCAUGGGUUGCCAUUCCGAAAACCCAAAAAAAUGAUUUUCUGGUAGGCUUUUGGCAAAAAGGAAAAACACGUAGCCUGGGACGUAACGCCCAGGUUUUUUUUUUUUUCACGCUAGAGAGUUGCCCGAUGGGUCGUGUGGACUCUGCUGGGCUUCCCCUUUCCAACUGCCGUGCUUUCCUUCCCCACGAGGAAAAAACCAUCUCUGAGAAUAGACUAGGGCUAGGCUCUGUACUCCACCAGAAUUGCUUACCUAGCAUUGUCGUCCAUCUCUGAAAUGGCAAAACUUUGCCGGGAUAUAAUUAAAAUAUGAGUCGAGGCUGCAUGGCCGGAGGCCAUGCCCAGACGAAGACGCCAUAUUUUUAAUUAUUAGGCUUAAAAACUCAAUAAUCUAAAAAAUAGAGAUUCUCUAAAAUUUAAAAAAAAAUCAAAAAUUCAAUAAAGAACAAAUCAAAAUUUAUAAAGUUUAAAGGGGUAACCAAAAAAUCAAAAUAUUAAAAGUUGGUAUUCUUAUGAAAUUAAUUCAAUUUUCUGCUGUAAAAAUAAUUAUUAAAUACUCUUAACCCUCUUAUUUAAAAGUAUAAAAAAAAAAUUUUUUUUGAUUUUUAUAUAUAUAUAAAUUUUUUUCCCCAAAAAAUUUUUUUUAACCCCCAUCCUUGAUCGAACGAUGGCGAGUCGUUCGAUCAAAAAUGGGGGGAGUGAGAUACCUCCUCAUGCGAAGCUUGUUUUUGUAGGAGCAUCUCCAGUGUUUUCGGGACUUGUUGAAGAGUACAUAACGACAGAGUUUUCAGUAGAAACAUCGUCAAUGCCGAGAAUAACAAUUGAAGAUUUUGAGAGGACUUUUACUAGUAUGGGGUCAAGGUCUUCUAAAAGAAGAACCAACAUGAGCUUAGAUUUUUCUGAAUCUCCGCUUUGAAAAAGAGAAUAAUUUUGGAAUUUAAUCCUUCAACAAUUUUUAAACAAAUAAUAUAUAAAAAAUGAUUAUUUUAAUUAAAAUCUGGUAAAUUCUAGUCAAUCGAAAUCUCAAACAUAUUAGCUUAGUGAUAUUCUUUAAAUAUUAUUGUAAACAUAAAUUUCAAAAUCAAGCAUUAUUGUUCCAAUAAACAAUUUAUUAUAAAAUGUUUUAGAAAAAUUAAAUCUCCAUAAGCAAACCAAAAACGUGCUCAUUUUCAGAGAGGGGAUGAGCAGGCUGCAAAUAAAAAAGUCACACUAUUCAAACUGAGAAAUAAAGCUGUUGCUAAAAAGCCUUUGGAAAUCCAAAAGCAUAGAAUAGCUAAAAAAUUCGACAAAACUGACUAUUUAACUCAGCUUAAAAAAUUGGCUCCAUAUUAAAUAACUAUGUAUUUUUGAUAAUAUGGGAAUUUCCUUGGGGAGAAUUUGUUCGAAGGAUUUGUGAUAGUGAGAUAUUUGACCAAAACCAUUAAAUUUCAGCCAAAUGAUGUAAUAUUUAAAAAUUUUUGAUCAAAUUCUUUCGAUGAAAUGCACACCACUAAAAGUGCAUUACUUUGGGCCUGCACCUUAAAAAAAGACUUGCAGAAGUCACAGUAAAAAUAGAUAAAACAAUCCCAAAGCUAAGAGAGCAAAAUAUUGAAGAAAUUACAGAAAAAUACGAAUUUUCCGAAUCAGAUUUGCACAAGGUUUAUGCCCAAUAUAAAACAUUUUUACUUCUUUCUGUUGCCCAAGAUCCUUACCAUGAUAUAAAUAAAGGGAUUAAAAAAGACACUUUUAUAGAAAUCCUGAAACAUAAAUCUCAGCAAGACAUUAAACUAGUUGAGCAGAUCUUUAAAUCAGUUGACUCAAACGCAAAUGGAUUCAUAGAUUGAGAAGAAUAUUUAAAAGCAAUGAGCGUCAUGUCAUUUGGAAACCUAUCCCAACAAAUUGAUAUGAUGUUUAGUAUUCAAGGUACCUCAGGAAUGCUAUCUUUUAAAGAUAUAAAGCAAUUAUGCAACACGAAACUACAAUUUGCGAGUCAAGAUGAAAUUAGUGACUACUUAUCUGAAAGUUUUGCAAAAAUUAUUUAUGAUCUGGCAAAGGUUGAUACAAAUCAAUCAAUUUCAAGUGAACAGCUGAAAAAUAUUCUUGGGCAGAGAAAGGAAAUAGGGUUAAUGCGAAUGUUCUGCUCUUUUGAUUUUCUUAAUAUAUAG